AUGACGAAGAACAUUGACGCCGCGCAUGGAUCGGCGACGUACACCCUCCAGACACCGCUGAAGGAGCACAGGAGCGAGUAUGGCCAGCCCCGCGCGGCGUUCAUCGGUAACUUGACAACGGUCUACCCCGAUGAGAAGGAACGCAAGCGCCUCGAAGAGUGCUUCACCCAGUACCACCCUGAUGCCAAGUGGUGGCUGCCGGGCGACCCUAAGGGCGCUCAUGUCGCGCGCUGGGCACGCCUCGAUAUUCAGGACAUCUACUACAUUGGCGGAUUCGGAACGUAA